GCAACUGUCACCCUUACAGGGACGUUUGCCUUCUGCUCAAGGAGAAACGUUCCCUCUGGAGGCCUGGGCUGCAGGUGCCUCCGGUGGCCCCCAGUUCCCUGACGUCGGGCCGGCCGGCGUUUUGGUGGAGCAGGUGGAGCAGGCCGCGCCUGGAAACCGCAGGGCACACCUCCUCUAGCCCGGCGCCGCCCUCUGUGAACCAAGACCCCGGCCUCCGCAGGCCACAGUCCCAUGCAGGACGCCCGAGUAGACAUGGGGCCCCAGGCUUCCCCGGCCCAGAUUUCUGAGGACACCUUGGCCGAGGAGGCCGGGAACGCCACGAAAAGAACCCUGCCAUCAGGGGACGGCCUGAUCAAGUUCCACGGUUUCCCACAACAGGGGAACGAUCAGGCUGUGGCCAGGCCCGCCCUUAGGAAGAAAACACGAGAAGGGAAAGAAAGUUUGGAAAGGCCUUGUGGCUUGGGCUGUAUAGUUAUUCCCAGCUGUCAGCGUUUCAACAACAUCCAGUGCUUCCUGGUUUUCUUCUGCAUCCUGGUCGUCUCUCAAGGUAUUGUGUUUGGUCUUGUAGAUCUAAGCAUUGACACUUUUCAGAAGGAGAAUCAUCUGGGGACCAGUGAAAAUUUAGUGUUAUCUUUGACUUAUGAUAUUUCAUCUUGCCUGAUAGUACUAUUUAUAUCACACUAUGGAGGGAGAGGAAACAUACCAAGAUGGAUUGCAUUUUCUUCCUUUUUAGUAGGACUUGGCUCACUUUUUUUUGCUUUUCCAUACAUUAGUGAUGGACGUUAUCAAUUGAGUGCAGACCCUGAAGAUACUUGCCAAGAAAUGAAGAUCAUCAAGACUUGCAGGAAAGUCUCACCAUCAUUCCAAGCAAAAUACAUAGCUUCCUUCAUCCUGGGGCAGACUGUGCAGGGAAUAGCAGGCAUGCCUCUUUAUAUCCUUGGAAGAGUCUUUAUUGACAACAGUGUUGCCACACACUCAGCUGGCAUUUAUCUAGGCUUAAUGGACGCUUCAUUAAUACUUGGAUAUUCUUUGGCUUAUGUGAUAGGAGCACCCCUUAUGAAGGGGGCUGAAAACAAUACUUUUCCUAUUAGUGUUGAAGACAUUGAUGAUCAUCACAAGUGGCUGAGGAGUUGGUGGAUUUAUUUCGGUUUUGUCUCACUUACUGCAUGGAUAACAUUAAUACCAUUGUCAUGCUUCCCACACAGUGUAGGAGGUACAGCAAAGAUAAAAGCUGAGAAACGUAAACAGCUUCAUCCGUUUGACAACAAGUUUAAAGAUAAGGAACUUGGAACUAGUAUCAAGGAUUUAUUUGCUAAUACUUGGGUUCUGAUGAAGAAUCCAGUAUUUAUAUGCCUAGCUCUGACCAAAGCUUCAGAAUCUUUAGUUCUUAUUGGAGCUUCUGAAUUUUUGCCUAUAUAUAUAGAAAAUCAGUUUGUAUUAACACGCACCACAGCAACUAAAAUCGCAG